AUGAGGCUCUUGCUCUCCUUCCGUCACCAGAAUUUUCUGGUUAUGUGCCUGCUCCUAGUGCGGUCCACGCUGGUGGAAUCCACGUCGCCGGAGGUGAAUGACACACAGGAGGUGACGAAAGUUCUGCGACGGCACAAGCGUUAUCUGGCAUUUCCGGAAGGCUCUUCGGUUUCGGGAGCCAUUUGCAUGACGAUCGGUAUGAUUGGCAACCCUGAUGUGGACUAUCUCAGUUGGGCCGUUAACUGGGGCGUGGCCUAUGACCUGCCCAACCACCAGUGGGUCAUCCAGCAUGCACACGGACUGAACGCCACCCUGGCCAAGGACACCAUCAAGCGUCGUUCCCGUAGAGCCUUCUACGAUGAGGUGCAGUCUUUGUUUAACAACAUGGGUUUCAAUGGACGCGCUUGCAUGGCACGUGCCUUGUGUGAGAGUGCUCGGUUUAUGCUUCCUCCAGAGAAACGUGGCAACAUGUUGCAGGAGCUGGUCCGUACUGUGUUCAGCCUGCCCCCAAGUCCUGUGGCCAUUGAUGAGCCUCAGGAGCAUCACCAGUACGACCGAAUAUACCGCCGCUCCAAGCGGAACUCACGGGAGUGCCACGAGAUCUAUCCAGGCUGCCAGUUCUCCCUGUUGGCUCUGGCCUUGGGCAAAUAUAUGGCUGCUACCACAACCAAGUUCAGUUCAUUUAACUUUAUGUGA